AUGAAGGUGGCAGAAGACUACUGUAAUUCAGUCACCAAACAAGAAAAAUUUCAAAGAUUGUACAUGUGCUUUGCUGGGGUGAAAAAAGGAUUUUUAGAUGCUUGCAGGCCUUUGUUUGGGUUUGACGGGACUUUUCUCAAAAGUGCGGCUGGUGGAGUAUUACUAAUAGCAGUUGGAGUUGAUCCAAAUAAUGGUUUAUAUCCAAUUGCUUAUGCAGCAAUUGAAGGAGAAACUAAGGAUUCCUGGAUUUGGUUUCUUACUUUAUUUAAGAAGGAUCUAAAAAUUGAAAAAAACUAUGAAUGGACCAUAAUGAGUGACAAGCAGAAGGGCAUAAUUCAGGCAUGUGAAACAGUUUUUCCAGGGGCUGAUUAUAGAUUUUGUGUGAAGCAUAUGCAUAGCAAUAUGGCAGCUGCUGGAUUCAAAGGGACAGCCAUGAGGCAAGCUCUAUGGAAAGCGGUUAAGGCAACUACUCAUGCACAAUUCAUAGGAAGAAUGGAAGCCAUAGCAGAAUUGGAUGUUGAUGCAAUUAAGUGCAAAAUAUUAGAUGCUAGGGAAGGGUCAAUUGUUGUCAUGAUGGAGGCAUUGAGGCAUUUUGUCAUGCAAAGAAUGCAAGAAAAUAGAGAUAGAGCAAGGGAAAAGUGGAGUAAAUUUGAUUUCUGUCCAAAAAUUAGAAAAAGGAUGAGGGUCAAUAUUGACAAGGCAACUUAUUGUGUGCCUUACAAAUCAAACGAUGUCAUUUUUGAAGUUGCUUGUCCUUAUGUUUUGUGGAUUGCUAUGAAGGACCCAAUGCAGUACAUUGAUGACUGUUACAGUGUUGAAACGUAUCUUAAGUGUUAUGACCUUUGCAUUUUACCUGUGAAUGGAGAGAAUGAGUGGGAAGAUGUAGAUGUUCAGGCACCUCUGCCACCAACUUAUGGAAGAGCACCAGGAAGACCAAAGAAACAGAGGAGAAAAUCUGCUGAUGAGAUAUAG